CCACUUCCCUGACCUCCCCGUCCGGGUCAAGGUCGCGCUCGAAGCUGUCGGCGCGCUGCUCCUCGUGGACGACCAGGAGUUUGAUCACGCCAGAAAGAUCCUUGGCGUGGCUGGGAACAGGACGGGCCUCAGCUCCAGGUUCGUCUUGGAGUCCAAGACCAGGGGCAAGGACACCGUAGGUGCAGAGAUCUCCACCAUGCUCGGGACAGGGGCGAUCGUCGGGGAGGAGGACACCGGGAGGAGGCCUCUAGAGCUGACCAGGUUGCAGUACUGCGCCCACAUCAAUGACUGGCUGUCCAUGAUCCUGGUUCCGUUCGGAGCUCAGUGCAAUGGCUUCUUGCACGGAACAAGCUUGAUCGAGAAUCUCCGGAGCCAGGCCUCUCUCGACGGCCCACCUUCCUUCAUGGAGCAACACAACUGCGCCGCCGGUUUGAGCAUGAAGGGAUCCAACUUCACCGUGUCGCUCGCAGAGCUCAUCUUCGGAUCAGGGGCACAGGAAUUAAGCGAUGACCAUGGGGUGGCAAACCGCAUAACAUCGUUCGGGCAGGUGCGCUACGAGCCAGCCCAAGAUGUCAAGCUCAGCUUGUCGGGGCUAUGGCAGAUCCGCCCGUCCUCGUCCCGGUUCAACAACCUCGGGACGCUUGCUGUUCCCUUUGGCAGCCUAAAACCACAAAUCAACACUUCUCCGGCGACUCAUCUUGGAUCCAACGUGAUGGCAGCUGCUGGCACUCUUGCUCCCAGCAGGUCUGCCCAGUCGAUGGCGGCAAUAUUGGUGGACUGUGAGCUGUUUGAGGCCAUGAGAGCACAAGGCUGGGUUGAGAUGGAAGGGUGGUCCGGCCGUGGGCCGGUGCGGUGGGGAUGCUGCCUCUCCGACACCCCGGAACACGAGCUCGGGUGGGGAGUGAGAAUGGGCGGCACGGCGGAGGGGGAGACGCACCGCCCGCACCUUGAAGGAUUCCUCAGCUUCAACCUCGGCAGGGGCGGCAAGCUGCAGCCCGGCCUCGUGUACGUCAUGGAGGGGCAGAAGCGGACGCCGGCGCUAGUCCUGCGGUCGUCGUGGUUCAUGUGAUACUUGCAGCUUCAGCCACUUUUGAUGGUUUCUUCUUGGUUUGCCCUCUCGGUUCUUCCCUGUAGCUGCAGCUGUGUACUUGUUUGGUUGCCUGCCUGUUUGACUACUCAGCAGCUAGUGAACACGCUGGGGUUGACUGCAAAUCUUGGCAGUUGGUGGCAUGGAAUGCUUAAGCUGUGAAAAAUGAAAAUGUCCCCACUGAUUCGCUUCGCUUU